CGAAUUCGACAUGUCUGCAACCGAUGAAGGCGACCUCGAACGGGUUUUUCCAAGGUGACAGCCCGGUCGAAUUCGCGUUGCCGCUAGCGAUCCUUCAGAUCUGCCUCGUCGUCGUCCUCACGCGAACCCUAGCCUUCCUCCUCCGCCCUCUCCACCAGCCCCGCGUCAUCGCUGAAGUCAUUGGUGGCAUUCUGUUAGGGCCGUCGGCGCUGGGCCGCAACAAAGCGUUCCUGAAUGCCAUAUUCCCCAAGCAGAGCUUGACAGUGCUCGACACGCUUGCCAACAUCGGCCUGCUCUUUUUUCUCUUCCUGGUGGGUCUCGAGAUCGACCUCAACUCCCUCCGCCGCACCGGCAAGAGUGCACUGUCCAUCGCCGUCGCUGGCAUUUCCCUGCCUUUCCUCCUUGGCAUCGGCACGUCUGUGGUCCUCCGCAACACCAUAGCCGACGGCGUUCGCGGCGCCCCUUUCCUUGUCUUCAUGGGCGUCGCUCUGUCCAUUACCGCCUUCCCUGUACUAGCUCGCAUCCUUGCCGAGCUCAAGCUUCUCACCACCGACCUAGGCCGCAUGGCCAUGUCCGCCGCUGCUGUCAACGACGUCGCCGCCUGGAUCCUCCUCGCUCUCGCCAUUGCCCUUUCAGGCUCUCGCUCACCCCUUGUCUCCCUUUGGGUACUCCUCACCGCCGCUGCCUUUGUCGCAAUCGCAGCCUUCAUCCUUCGCCCUCUUCUCGCGCGGAUGGCUCGUCACUCACUGGAAGGCGAACCGGUUAAGGAAGUCUAUAUAUGCGCCACCCUCACCACUGUCCUCGCCGCCGGCUUCAUUACCGACACCAUCGGCAUCCAUGCCCUCUUCGGGGCCUUUGUGGUGGGCAUUGUAAUGCCCAAGGAAGGUCCUUUCGCUGGUAUCCUUAUCGAGAAAGUCGAAGACCUCAUCUCUGGCCUCUUUCUACCCCUCUACUUCGUCUCCAGCGGCCUCAAAACUAACGUCGCCACCAUAAGCAACGGCACCUCCUGGGCGCUUCUCGUUCUAGUUAUCUUCAACGCCUGUCUGGGCAAGAUCGGUGGCACCAUCCUCGCUUCCCUCAUUAUGAAAGUCCCCAUUCGCGAGGCCCUCACCCUCGGGUUCCUCAUGAACACCAAAGGCCUCGUUGAACUCAUCGUCCUGAACAUCGGAAAAGAUCGCAAGGUUUUAAAUGACGAGACAUUUGCGAUCAUGGUAAUGAUGGCUCUGUUCACGACGUUCAUAACGACGCCGAUUGUGAUGGGGAUAUACAAGCCGGCGAGGAAGGCGGCUCCAUACAAGCAUCGAAAAAUCGAGCGUGCCGACACGGAGAGCGAGUUGCGGAUCCUCGCCUGCUUUCACGGCAGCCGCAACAUCCCGACCCUCAUCAACCUCAUCGAAUCCUCCCGUGGCACCCGCCGCCGUGGCGUUACUGUCUACGCCAUGCACCUCAUGGAGCUCUCGGAGCGCCCAUCCGCAAUCUUUAUGGUCCACAAAGCCCGUCGCAACGGCCUCCCCUUCUGGAACAAAAAGAAGGAGAGCGCAAUCGGCAAUACCAACGGCGGAGACCAGCUCGUCAUCGCGUUCCAAGCCUACCAGCAGCUCAGCCACGUCACCGUCCGGCCCAUGACCGCCAUUUCUGACCUCCACACCAUCCACGAGGACGUGGUCACCAGCGCCCAUCAAAAGCGUGCGGCUCUAAUCCUGCUUCCCUUUCACAAGGCCCUGCUGGUUGACGGCUUUAUGGAAUCCAUUGGCAACGAAUACCAACACGUGAACCAGCGAGUCCUCCACUACGCCCCUUGCUCCGUUGCCAUCCUCGUUGACCGAGGCCUUGGCGGCUCCACCCAGGUGUCCGCCAGCGAGGUUUCCUACUCCGUCACCGUUCUGUUCUUUGGCGGUUCGGACGACCGGGAAGCCCUCGCCUACGGCCUCCGCAUGGCUGAGCACCCCGGAAUCAUCCUCACUGUACUCUGCUUCGUCCAACCACCUGGAAGCCCCUCCUUCAUUAACAUUCAGAUGGGCACAGACCAGCUGUCCAAUGAUAAUGAAUGCAUUGCCCGAUUGCGGGAGAGGGUGGCGGCAAGCACCAACGGAUCGGUCAGGUUUGAAGAGAAAGUGGCAGGAAAGAAGGAGGAAAUCGUAUCAGUCAUCAAGGGGGUGGGGAGAUGCAAUCUGUUUCUAGUUGGGCAGAGGGCGCCGGUGAUGCCCCUCGCUGACCGGAUCGACUGCCCGGAGCUCGGCCCUGUGGGGAGUUUCAUGGCAGCCUCUAACUCGACCGCCGCAUCCGUGCUGGUCAUCAGGCAGCACGAUCCCUCUGCGAUGACGACUCCCCUGGUAGAAGAGGUGGCCGAAGACGCCCUUUCGCCGGAUACCCCACACGCCGGUGGCUCCGGCCACGACGAAUUUAAUCCGCUUUGACUGCGCAACAUUAUAUGCCGUUUC